AGUCUCACCCUAGCAACAGCAAACCAUAAACGAUGAGAGCUCUCAAUUUAGCUAGCGUAGGUAACGGUCAGACAAUUCAGUCGUUUUGUUAAAUUUACAGUGAAAGAAAAUUGAAUGUGAGUUUUCCAUUAUUUCCGAAAUGGAAAAACUGCAGGCAGAAGAUGCACGGUAUUUGAAAAGGAAAGUAAAACGGGGGAGUUUGGAUGUCCACCCGACAGAGAAAGCCCUCGUUGUUCAGUAUGAGGUGGAGGCGACUAUCCUCGGCGAAAUGGGGGACCCUAAUGGUUGGAGAACGCAAGGAGUGUCAGAAAAUCAUCCGCCUUAAAAGCUUAAACGCCAACACGGACAUUGCCUCCCUGGCUCGCAAGGUGGUGGAGGAAUGCAGGCUCAUUCAUCCAUCUAAACUUCCGGAGGUGGAGCAACUGCUGUUCUACCUGCAGAACCGCAAAAAGCCAGACAAACAAGAGAAACAUUCGCCCAGAGACCUCACACCAUUUGAGGGGAUGGAGCUGGAUGAGGAGGCCAACAUCAACAGCAUUGAUGACUAUGUGGAGCUGCUGUAUGAAGACAUCCCAGAGAAGGUCAGGGGAGCCACCCUCAUUCUCCACCUCGCCCGCAACCCUGACAACCUGGAGGAGCUCCUGCAGAAUGAGACGGCCCUGGGAGCCCUGGCCAGAGUCCUGAGGGAGGACUGGAAACAGAGUGUUGACAUGGCAACCACCAUCAUCUACAUCUUCUUCUGCUUCUCCAGUUUCUCCCAGUUCCAUGGGCUAGUGACCCACUAUAAGAUCGGAGCCCUCUGUAUGAACAUCAUUGAGCACGAGCUGAAGAGGUACGACCUCUGGCAGGAUGAACUGCAGAAGAAGAAGAAGGCUUGUGAAGAGGACCCUGACAACCAGAAUGUGAAGAAGGAACAUGAAAAAUCCUUCAAGAAGUACCAGGGCCUCCUGAUCAAGCAGGAGCAGCUUCUACGAGUGUCUCUGUACCUGUUGUUGAACCUGGCUGAGGACACACGCACAGAGCUGAAGAUGAGGAACAAGAACAUCGUCCACAUGCUGGUGAAGACCCUGGACCGGGAGGACGAGGAGCUGCUGGUGCUGGUGGUCUCCUUCCUCAAGAAACUCAGCAUCUUCCUGGAGAACAAGAACGACAUGGCAGAGACGUAUGCGGUGGAGAAGCUGGCCAGGCUGCUGGCCUGUGAUCAUGAGGACCUACUGAACACCACCCUGCGCCUGCUCCUCAACCUCUCCUUUGACACAGGCCUCCGCAGACAGAUGGUCCAGACUGGACUCAUCCCCAAACUCUCCUUAAUGCUAGCUGACGAGAGCCAGGGACAGCUGUGUAUGUGCAUUCUGUACCACAUCAGUGUGGAUGACCGAUUCAAGUCCAUGUUUGCCUACACAGACUGCAUACCACAGUUGAUGAAGAUGCUGUUUGAUUGUGGUGAGAGCCCCAUGGACCCUGAGCUCAUCUCCUUCUGCAUCAACCUGGCAGCCAACAAGAGGAACGCACAGGUCAUCUGUGAAGGUAAUGGUCUGAAGAUGCUGAUGAAGAGGGGCCUGAAGCUAAAGGAUGUUCUUAUCAUGAAGAUGAUCAGGAACUUGUCACAACAUGACGGACCCACCAAGAACCUCUUCAUAGACUAUGUGGGUGACCUAGCAGCUCAGAUAGGAGCGGAGGAGAGAGAGGAGUAUGUGAUAGAGUGCCUGGGAACUCUGGCUAACCUCACCAUCCGAGACCUGGACUGGGAACUGGUGCUGAAGGAGUACAACCUGGUGCCCUACCUCAAAGACCACCUCAAACCAGGCUCGGCAGAGGAUGACCUUAUCCUAGAGGUGGUGAUCAUGAUAGGGACGGUAUCCAUGGAUGACUCCUGUGCUGCCACGAUGGCCAAGUCUGGCAUCAUCCCUGCCCUCAUCGUGCUGCUCAACGCCCAACAGGAGGACGAUGAGUUUGUGUGUCAGAUCGUCUAUGUGUUCUACCAGAUGGUGUUCCACCAAGCCACCAGGGACGUCAUCAUCAAGGACACACAGGCUCCUGCCUACCUCAUUGACCUGAUGCACGACAAGAAUGCUGAGAUACGGAAAGUCUGUGAUAACACACUGGACAUCAUUGCUGAGUAUGAUGAGGAGUGUGGGAGGAAGGUCCAGAGUGAGAAGUUCCGCUGGCACAACUCCCAGUGGUUAGAGAUGGUGGAGAACAGAGCCAUGGGAGACGACGGAGAACCCUUCAUGUAUGGAGACGAUGGAGAACCUUUCAUGCACAACGGAGACAUUCUGGAGAGACCCGACCUUUUCUACAGCGCAGAUGGGAUCAUCCCAGCAGACGGUAUUAUCAGCCCAGAGUUCUUCACAGACUACCAGAACGGAGACAUUGGCCAGGCUGGAGGCUUCCCUGGCAGUAUGAAUAUCGAUAUGUUUGGACAGUCGACGGUGACCCCUGGACAGCGCCCCGCCACGGCCUACGGCAUCCGGCCAGACCAGCAGUUGUUCUACAGCUACAGUGGUGCGGCCUCCAGAUAAACCAGGUUAACUUCAGUUCAUUACACCACAGAGACUGACUGCAGCUAUGCCCCAUCUAGCUAGCUAUUCUAAGCUGUGUGGUCAUGAAGGAGUAUCAACACUACUGUAUGUUCAACAGCACCUUAGUAUGUCAGCUAGUCUCUUCUAGUGCUCUAGUCCAAACUCUAGCAGUGAUGUUGCUGUUGUACUGAGUCCAAACUCUAGCAGUGAUGUUGCCGUUGUAUUGAGUCCAAACUCUAGCAGUGAUGUUGCCGUUUUAUUGAAUGAAAAAAUUACAUCUUAAGCUACCUAGGUGAUGUUGCUGAAAAACUAUAUUUGGCAUUUUGUUUUGAGCUUUUAUUGGAAUAUUAUAUAUAUCUCAAUGUUCACUACGAGUAUGUAUUACUGUGCCAUAAUACAACACAAACUGAAGAUUAAUUAACUGUACUAUUACGUUAUACAUUCAUGUUAUAUGUUGUACUGGGGUUAAUUGUUUGUUUUUUCUUCAAAUUCCAUGCAUGACAUUUCAGAAGUAGAGGUGGUUGGUUGGUAUGGCACGGCGUUAGUCUUAUUGUCAUAGUCCACUAACUGCAUGCUGUAACAGACCAUUUUAUAGGUGACCUCAUUCUGGAGACCGACUGUUGAGAUGUUCUCCAUCUUUUCUGGCUUUGCGAUCUGUCCCUCUGUCGCUUUCUGUCUGUCUUUCUGUCUCUCUCUCCACACACACACACACACCUCUGGAUGAUAUUACUGGAAAUGUGUGUGGAGUCAGGCACUGAAUCGCAUCUGAACUUCAUUUUGAAUGUAACUUUUUUACUGUGCCUUUGUUAGUGGUGAAGGAAAUACUUUUUGAAUUUGUACAAACAUUGAGUGAUUCUGUUUAUUUAACUGUUAUUUUUUAUAUAAAUUAACAAUGAGUUAUGUUUAUCUCUUGUGUGUGGUGCUCAUCAGAACUAUCAUAAAAGCCUUUUUCUGCAAUAUUUAAAAUAAAGUGUUGAAAACGGA